AUGAGCUUCUUCGGGUUCGGGCAGAGCGCGGAGCUGGAGCUGGUGCUGAGCGACGCCGAGAGCCGGCGGCGGGUGGAGCACAAGACCGAGGAGGGCAAGAAGGAGAAAUACUUCCUCUUCUACGAUGGGGAGACCGUGUCCGGGCGGGUCAUCCUCACGCUCAAGCACCCCAACAAGCGGCUGGAGCACCAGGGCAUCAAAGUGGAGUUCAUCGGGCAGAUCGAACUCUACUAUGACCGAGGGAACCACCAUGAGUUUGUGUCUCUCGUAAAAGACCUGGCCCGUCCUGGUGAAUUCACUCAAUCGCAGACAUUUGACUUCGAAUUCACACACGUGGAAAAACCUUAUGAAUCCUACACGGGGCAGAAUGUGAAGUUACGGUAUUUCCUCCGAGCGACUGUCAGCCGCAGACUGAACGAUGUGGUGAAGGAGAUGGACAUAGUUGUGCAUACUCUGAGCACCUACCCAGAGCUCAACUCCUCUAUUAAGAUGGAGGUGGGGAUUGAGGAUUGCCUGCACAUUGAGUUCGAGUAUAACAAGUCCAAGUAUCAUUUGAAAGAUGUGAUUGUUGGAAAGAUCUACUUUCUGCUGGUGCGGAUCAAGAUCAAACACAUGGAGAUAGAUAUCAUCAAGAGAGAAACAACAGGGACUGGACCCAACGUGUAUCACGAGAAUGACACAAUAGCUAAAUAUGAGAUCAUGGAUGGGGCACCUGUGAGAGGGGAGUCCAUUCCCAUCAGGCUCUUCCUGGCUGGCUACGAACUGACUCCAACAAUGAGGGACAUCAAUAAGAAGUUCUCGGUGCGAUAUUACCUCAACCUGGUGCUGAUUGAUGAGGAAGAGAGGCGCUACUUCAAACAGCAGGAGGUGGUGCUUUGGCGGAAAGGAGACAUAGUGAGGAAGAGCAUGUCCCACCAAGCAGCCAUCGCCUCCCAGCGGUUUGAGGGGACAUCCUCACACUCCGAGGCCAAGACCCCCAGCCAGCCUGCAGAGAACAACAGCCGGCAGUGAGAGGCCACGCAGAGGAAGGAAGGCUGCUGUGGAGCCAGUGGUCGCAGCAGCAAGGAGGAAGAGAAAAUACUUCAGAGACUUCAUGAAAAUAAAUAUCCGUUUUUGACUUAAUUCCUUUCUUCAAAGGACUAGUAGGGUGGGGAGAGGAUAAGAGGGCAAGGCAAGCAGGAGCGCUGGUGAUGCGGAGUUGAAGGUACCUCAGUGCUUCCCAAUCAACUACAUUCCUCUGGGGUGGGCUGCUUUGACGCGUGUCCGGAGGCUGCGGAGCUGCCUGAUCUCCUCUUUGCCCCAAGACCCUUUCAGCAUGGUAGUGGGGAGGGAGAGAGCAAGUGAAGGCCAAAUCUGCUGCUCCUUCUCAGCAGUGUGGAUGUUGCUUUGGGGCUGUGUAGGAUAGAUAAUACUUUUCUUGCCUUCUAGAAAUUUUCAUGAGGGAAAAUGACACUAUUUUAUCUGGAAGGUAGGGGAGGGAGUCAGACUGAAGUGCGGCCUACUUGAAAUAGCUUCAUGUUGUCCCCUCUCUUCCUCCCCCUCCUCUUUGUGGUGGUGUUGGAUUCUUUGUCACAAACAGUUACAUAACGUAGUUGAGUCAGUCCUGGGACUACCACAGAGCCACUGUGCUGGUGGAGCAUGGGCAGCAGGAAUGAUUUUGUGUCCUUGCCGUGGGAACUCCUGACUGCCACGCUGAGGUUGGAUGCUGAGGAGAUGAGGGUAGCAGGAAGGAGUGAAGCAUACGACUGCAGCGGGGCAUGGAACAGACGGGUGGUGUAGGCUGGAUAGUGGCUAGCAGUGCUGCUGGGUGGCUGGGAAGUGGGGACAGGAAGGCUUCUGGCUCUGAGACCAGUGCCUUCCCAGUGUUGUCUCAGAAGCUGCAUGAGCACCCCUGAGAUUCGGUCUGUCUGGUUUCUGCACUCGUACAGGUCCCAGCUGGUGCUGCAGAGCAGGGACAGACCAGCCUUGAGAGGUCUAGAGAAGAGCGUCGGAACGUGAGAGAUAAAUGGGGGCUCCCUAUGGGAGCAUGUAUUGCACAGGCUGCCCUGCUCAUCGCUGUGUCCUUGUAACAGAGCAGGCUUUGUAGUGGGGACAGACAGCCAUCUAAGAAAUGUGCGAGUAUUGCUUUGUUUUCUCCCUCAUGCCUGCAGGAUAAGGAUUGGUAAUCCCAGGAAGUGGGAUGCUGUUGUUUAAGGAGCUUGUGGCCUGUGCGUGCUGCUAGAUGAAGCCCAGCAGCAACUGGAAGGAUGGUAAAGCUUUCGAUUCCAGAAACAGGUUCCUGAGGCCUGAGCUGAAUUCACCAGCGAGGUCUGUGGGUAUGGCAUGAGCUGAGAAUGAGAAUAAGGGUCUUUUCUAUUCUGAGAUAAGCUCCGUUUACCCUUCAGCUAAGUAGAAUCAUGACAACAUUCCCAGAAGGAAAUCACUUCUCUAUUAAACUUUAGAUGUGGCUUUGUAGACUUGACCGAGUUUGGCCAAUAUCCAUCCUUUUUUAGAUAUCCUUCAAGGAAGCAGGUGGUUAAACCUCCUACCAGAUGGAGAGAAGCCUGAACAAAUAUGAGCUCCAUCAAAUGGGAUUUGUCUAGAUUUCCCUGUGAGUUUGUAGCUCACUAGGGUUUUGCCCAGCUUGGUUUUGACUCUGAAUGAAUCUCCUCUGCCUCUGUCCUACAGUUGGAUGUAGAACACUUGUUUUGCAGCUGGGAAAUGAAAGCAUCUUCUGCUUUGUUUAGUGGAACAGUGCUGGUGGAGGGAAUGGGGCCUGGGUGGGAAGGGGAGCUUUUUAUGUAAUAAGACAGCUACUGUAUUUCAGUGAUAAAUGUGUGUUUCUGCUUGCCAAAGUAAGUUAUCUUUUACUCACCACGUGUAAGGUUGUGGUUUUUAGUAGAGCUGGACAGUCUCACUCUGUUGUAGAGGACACUAAUGACCUCAUCUCUGCUGAAUGCUCUUGUCACACCAUGUUUCUGCUCUGUAAUAGUGAAGACGUGGCUUGCUCUUCUUUACAGGAGAAGUCUGUGCCGUGGGCUGGAGCCAUGUCUUCCUGAGACUGAAGCAAAAGCUUACUUUAGACAACUACCUUGUUAGGUCAGGGAAAGGGGUGGUAAGCUGCUGAGUGUCUCACAGGGCAAAGGAAGCUGGAUGUUACUUCUGACACUAACUUACUCCCUCCUCUGUGUAGGGGGAACCACCUGCGCUGUGGCAAUACAUGAUCUUUCGGAGACAAGUGAAGCUCCCACGGGGAGCCUCUGGGGAUAGCAGACUACCUUUCCAUGGCUAAGUUGAGCACAGCAGCACCUUGACCACUCUUUGCUUUCCCUCACCUCCCAGCCCUCCUGGGAUUUUUUUUCCCUUGCAUAUUCCUCUAGAUAGUAGGCAUGUGGUAUUAAAAGAAACCAAGUGGAUGAAGAUGCCUGUGCAUUCCAGGAAUGGUUCAUAUACUGGCUGAACUGCAUCGUUGCUGGAUGUAAGAUAAUUGUCUGAAAAGGCAAUGCAUCGUAAGGUGAUUUCUAUUAAACAUCUGUUUCUGGAGGUAACAGAUGCUCCCAGAAUGCUGCUGGAGGGACUAAUUGGAAAAUGUGCAUGAUCCUAUACAUUGGGGUUUUUUUCCUACUUUACUUUGUGCCCUCUCCCCUGUGUUCCUAGUUAAGAAACCCGAAUUUAGAAAUUAUCCCCAUUUUUACUUAAUCUAAAUAGACCAUUCAACCUGUUACCCACGAGGCCCUCUGUUUGUCUGGGGUGGAAGAGAUGUGCUGAGCAUCUUCAGAGAGAAGCUGAAGCAUAAGGUCACUCCAGGACAAGAUACUAGAGAAAAGUUUUGUUAGCAUGGCAAGGGGCGGACACUACUUGAGCUGUCAAGUCCCCUUGAGUUGGGUGGUUCUGUUCAGUGCUUGGGUCAUUCCCUCUCUUCCAGGCAGAGUCAGGCUGGGGGGAGUGUUCGGUACUAAACCAAGCAGUGCAAGUGUAAUUAAGCCUCUGCUGUGUUUACAUGUUUCUUAAUUCAUUGUCUUUUCAAUGGCUGUAUUUUAAAACUUGGGUUUUUUGUCUCUCCAAUUAAAAAGAGCCAUCCCUGGCCUUCAAA